CCACAAUCACAUUUCCUGUGUGAAAUGUGGACUUGCAUUGAUCAUUUCUCUGUCACUCCAAUGUUUCUUCAUGGUAAGAUUGAAGAGCAUUAUUUAGGUGACACUCCAGAGAUGACGUGUUCUCCAGGCUUCGUGUCUGUGGUACUCUUAAUGCUUGGACAAACCCAUGGAGACUCAGUUACCCAGAUGGAAGGCCAAGUGACCCUCUCAGAAGAGACUUCUCUGACUAUGAACUGUACUUUUUCAACAACAUGGUCCUUCACUGUUUUCUGGUUUGUCCAGUAUCCAGAAGAAGGUCCACAGAUCCUCCUGAAAGCCUCGAGGGACCAGGAGAAGAAAAGCAACAAAGGCUUUGAAGCCACUUUGGACAGCAAAUCCAAAUCCUUCCACCUGAAGAAAGGCUCAGUGCAAGUGUCAGAUUCAACUGUGUAUUACUGUGCCAUGAAUGACACAGUGACGGGUGAAUGCCCGGCCCCACAAGUUGUUCAGGGAACCGUGGUGGGUGUUGCUGUGUCUAUGACACUUUUAGAGACACAUGGUGUGCCUGAGGACACAGCAUCUGCCCAUGCCUUCCUGACUGGGUAUGGCAAGAGUGGUGAUGGGAGAGCUUCAGCCCCAAACCAGGAUUUAGUAGAGAAAGAAGGGAAGGGAAGAAAGGAGGAUGAACACAUGAACCCGAGCAAGGAAAAGAGAGGCCAGGGACCUCUGCCCUGCUUUCUUUUCUAG